AUGUUAGUUUACAGUGCUAUACGCACUACCCCCACGUACCUUCCAUAUUGUGAUUGUGUUGAGGUCGCACGUGUCGUAGGAGUAGCCGGCGUGUUGACAGACCCCAUACGAGGCCGGACCCCAUACGUGGCCGGGUGCGUCCCGACGUAUGAGAGGAGAUAUGAUUGUGUGCGGGCUGGUAAAAAUGCAGCCAAGCCCAAAGUUGAGGUCGCACGUGUCGUAGGAGUAGUUGGCGUGUUGACAGACUGCAUACGAGGCCGGGUGCGUCCCGUCGUAUGUGGAGUGAUUGUGAUUGUGAUUGUGUUGCGAGGUCGCACGUGUCGUAGGAGUAGCCGGCGUGUUGACAGACCCCAUACGUGGCCGGGUGCGUCCCGACGUAUGAGGGGAGAUAUGAUUGUGUGCGGGUCGGUGAGAAUGUAG